GCUCCGCGUAUUCCAUUUUUAACACCGAAUCCCCGAACCUACCGACAUUUGCUACGAUGCUACCAGGAUAUCACAAUGAAUCUGUCAAAUAUCAUGAAAACAUGCCCAGAAGUAGCAAUCUGGAUUGUCCAGUCGCCGGAUGUGAUUUAA